AUGCUUCGCAUAUAUUUUAUUUUCAGACACUACAAUAAUUUGAUCUUGAAAUGUCCCAUUUUAUAUUGUAUCUUAGAGCAUAGUCAACUGGUCUGUUUCUGUGAUGUGUGAAAGUUGUUGUGUGUUGGUUUUAAACUAUCUUUCAUAUAACCUACAUAACGUAGCCAUGAAGCUUCGAGUAGAUUCGUCACAGGACAUCAAACCUGCGGUCUAAGAAGAAAGCACCAAACAAGGAUAAGCUAGAUUCAUAUUGGAUGCUGAAGUAUUUAUUUAUUUAUUUUUUGCAGAAAUCCCAAUAAAUGUACCUGGUUUAAGCAGCAAUUAUCACAAAAUAUUGUAGUUCAACUGUAAAGGUUUUCUAUUUGUCUCAGUGAAGACAGAGAAGUUGAGAAGAUGCACAGGUUAAAUAGGUUUAGGCGAAAAAAACAGCGCAAGGAUAAAGACUGUCAGACACCUUUACUGAACAACAUAAUGCACACAGAAACCACAGACGGAGAACAGCUACCUAACACGGAAAAAACCGAGCAGUCUGAUGUUUAUCCUGAUCUGAUCUCUACAGAGUUUGUAGUGAGUGGAGAGAGAGCGCUUGAUAUUAUUAGAGAGAUUUUGAGGGUACAUUCAAAUCCUCAGGACAUUCACACUGCGGCUGUAAUGAUAAAAACAUGGGGUAAAAUUAAUGGGGUUAACGUUGACAAAAAAGAAAGCAGCUAUCCUCAAGAUUGGUUGUGUGAAUUUCAACAGUUAAUAGAUGAGUAUAUAGAGCGACACUUUCCCAUCAUGCCUGUAGAGAGCACAACAACACAAAGAUCUGAACAGACAUUUCUAAGGAGCACUGAGAAUAUGAUGUUUAAUGAGAUUAAUCGAUUAACACCUGUCCUAAAAGAUGCUGGGCUGCUGGGUUACCUGAUUCAAAGUUACAUCCAUUACCUGUUUACUAAGUUGGACCUGGUUGUAAACAGAAAUCUUUCAGUGAAUGAGACCUUCUGUCUUCUGCAAUGGGGAAAAUUUGUUUUGUUCGGGUACUGUAUGCUGAUCAUUACUGCUCACAUGUCUGUAGAUUUCACAAACUGA